AUGACCAAAACACUGAAAGGAAAUGCACCCAGACCCAGUACUCCCAUCUCACCAGAACAAGGACAUCAACUAAACAUCUUUUUCAACCGGUUUGACUCGGUUGACUACUCAGAGGAGUGUCGCAGUCAGCUGAAUGCACUCCUCCUGCUGGACCCAAAUGACACUGCCCCCUUCUCAAAGGAGGAUGUUAAGGCCGGGAAGCCUCCACCCGAUGCCACUCCUCCUGCCGCCACUUCCAGCUCUUCAAGAAGAGAACCAGGAUCAGACAGAGCUUUAUUGCCAGCAUGGUUCAAUGAUGCUCUGGACGACUCAGUCUUGGUGGAUGCCCUCGUCACUUUUGAGAGCCAGAAGGAGCUCUUGCCCAUCUCCACCAGCCAGCCUGUGUCCGCCAGGAGUCCCGAACAGCUGCCGCUCUCCACCAGCGUGCCAGCAACUGCAGAGCAUCCUGAGCAGUCUCCUUUACGUACCAGCAAGAAGGCAAAGCGCAGCAAGCACAAGAAGCCCCUGCUGUCCUCCACCAGCAAGGCUGCGUCUGAUGAGCGUCCAGAGCAGCCAACGUCUAGUGUGCAUCCAGAGCAGCCGAUGCUCCUGCCGUCCUCCGCACCUGGUGAGUCUCCGCCUGAUGCUCGCCCCGAGGGCUGCCAUCGACCUCCAACAGCCAGACUGCGUCUGCCACCACCUUGCCGCAGAGUGACUAUUCUGUGGAGCUGGAAGGCUGUGUGCGGCUGUGGGAAGACUCCAAUGGCAUCCCAUCUGCAGACAUCCCUUGGCUGAAGGAGGACAGCGAGAGAGGCCUCUUUACGCCCGUCCAAAUUUACAAGCACAUCAAGGGUGUCAUUCGAAGCCAAAACGUCUCGAUCGCCCCCCAGUGACUGGACCUAGUAUAGGUGAUAAAGCCCGCCUCCCC